CGUAGGGGAAGGGAGGAGGAGCCCCUGUACCGUCUCAGUCUUCGCGUCGCUGCCCUCCAGCAUUCACGCCUCCCGCGUCCGUUCGGCGGCGCAGGCACACUCCGCUCAUCUGUACACACGCACACGCGGCCGUUACCAUACACGUAGACGCGCGUACACACGCCCUGAAUCCGGACGAGGACUUUAGCACACCAACACCUCCGCGGGAGGUGUGGGGGUGAGCCCCCAGAGGAGGUGUCAAUCCUAGCGCUGCUCAGUGACCAUCGCGGCGCCACCCAAGUAACACCUUUCGUCCGCUCUCCAGCCCUGGCCGAGGUUCACAGCGGAGCAGAGUAGAGCAGAGCAGAGCUGAGCUGAGCGAAGCGCACCCGUACAGCCAUCUAUCUCUCUCGUCUCUUUUUUUUUUUUCUCUCGGCUGAAUUUCGCGUGCGGAUAUUACGCGUACGAACUGUCCUCCGCCUGUGUGUCGUCCUGCCGUCGGACUCCGUUCCACCGGUGCUCUCUCGGCGGUGUUGCUCACGCUCGCUCCUUCAAGCUUUCCCUCGCGUGGUCGCCUCGUUUCGCUUCGCGUUACGUUGCGUCGCGCCGCGUCGCGCCGUGCUUGGCCGCGCCGCGUCGCGCCGUGCCGUGCCGUGCCGUGCCGUUUGCCAAAUCACGAUUCAGAAGUGAAGUGUCCGCACGGUGGACCUGACCCGUGGACCGGUGGGACAUAGUGCGUCAAGUGAACAGUGAACGCCCGGAUACUAGAGGCACACGUACGCGCUUAGGUAGAGAAACGCGCGUAAACCUGACGGUGAAUCUCGAAAACGUGGCCAACGACUAUUCGUCUGCCAGUGUGUCCAGUUGAUGGAAAGUGUGCUCUUAUCGUGGUUGAUCCGGUGCUCCGUUAGCGGAAUUGUACGUCGAUCGUAGACAGCUGGAAAGGAAAGUGUUCCUCGGAAAAAGGGUAGAAGGUUCGUCGUAGGGUGAACACAAGGCGAGACGUACGAUGUCGAGCGUACGUCUGGCGACGGAUCUCGAGGAGAACGAGAGAUCGCAACGGGAGCGUGGAGAACGCAAAGAGAAUCCCGAAUCGUGUUCCUGAACGAUUCGGAGCGACGAGUCACGCGGAGUCGAAACAUGUCCGAGAAGCAGCCGAACGACUUUGACGCGGGUGCAUGGAUCGGUGACGCGUACGAUCAGUGACGAUAAGAAUCAGUGGACAGAAGCAUAGAACGAUACCCUGGUAGUGUCGAAGAAGAAGUAUCGUGAACGUAAUCAAGAGAGUGAAGUAGCGCGUAGAAGGUGUUGAGUACCUCGGUUUGAGUCACUCGAAGAGGAAUCUCGCGCGACUCGGCAUACCCGCCCGUCUCGAUGAGAUUCGAACAAGACACAGCGUGCAGGGGUACCCACUGCGCCAGCACUCCGCAACCCUCCGCGCUGCAGCAGCGAUCACGGCUCGAGGAGGUGGUGGAGGAGGAGGUGGACUCCUCCACGAAGGACAUCGAAGGACAAGGACGUAGACGAGAAUUGGAGACUAACGUGGUCGAGGGUGCGAACACGGGGCCGAGGGCAGAGGCGGGGGGGCCUGGGAUGGCGUACCCCGCGUCAGCGACGGCUCUGAAUCAGCACUCGCCGUUUGCUACGUCGAUCGCUGGCACACCGUCCAGCAACCCGAACGGGCACAUAUCCGGUGGCCACCUGCCCGCGCCAGCCGCCCCGAGACCGACGGACUUUAGCGUUUCCUCCUUGUUAACCGCCGCCAGCACCCAUCCGCCGAUCCUAGGUGGUUCCUCGUCCCAGGGUAGCGCGUCGCCGCCACCCGGUGGACCCGGUAGCCCGGCUGCCGCACCGGAAACGCCGCCACCGUUGCCUAGCCAAAGGGAAUUGUCGCAUCCGUCGUCGGCGGUUGCCGCGGCUAGCUAUUUCAGCGCUGCCGCCCUGGCAGCCGCCGGUUUUUACAAUCCGGCCGCCCAUUUGCCGGCGACCAGCUCGCCUGGACCGACGGCCCAUCAUCUGCAGGGAAAAGGGAUCCUCAGUAGCGCGCAUCAUCAUCCCCAUCUGAACCCGCACGGCAUCACGCCACCAGGUUUAGGCCUUGGUCCGCACACACCUGAAGAAGCAGCCGUCCUGGCGGCCGCAGCGGCAGCGUUACACCACCAUCAUCAAGGUGGUCCUGGCGGGCCCGCGAUGAGGCCACUUAGGCCCCCGUUACCCCCGGGGAUGCUGCACGCGUCACCGCAUCCCCUGGCACCUCAUCAUCCUCUCGCGGGCCCGCAUCAUCCCCUCGUACCUCCUCAUCAUCCUGAGGAAGACGGGGUGGUGGACGAUCCGAAGGUAACCCUCGAAGGCAAGGAACUCUGGGAAAAGUUUCACAAGCUCGGCACGGAGAUGGUGAUCACGAAAAGCGGCCGGCAGAUGUUCCCUCAAAUGAAAUUCCGAGUUUCCGGUUUGGACGCAAAGGCCAAGUACAUCCUCUUAUUGGACAUCGUCGCCGCGGAUGACUACAGAUACAAGUUCCACAAUAGCAGGUGGAUGGUAGCGGGGAAGGCGGACCCGGAAAUGCCGAAGAGGAUGUACAUCCAUCCCGAUUCGCCUAGUAGCGGUGAGCAAUGGAUGCAGAAGGUCGUGAGCUUCCACAAGCUGAAACUCACUAACAACAUCAGCGACAAGCACGGCUUUACGAUAUUGAACUCGAUGCACAAAUACCAACCGAGGUUUCACCUGGUGCGAGCCAACGACAUCCUGAAGCUUCCCUACUCGACGUUCAGGAGUUACGUUUUCAAGGAGACGGAAUUCAUCGCGGUGACCGCCUAUCAGAACGAGAAGAUCACGCAGCUGAAGAUCGACAACAACCCUUUCGCGAAAGGAUUCCGGGACACGGGGGCGGGGAAGCGCGAGAAAAAAAGGCAGGCGCUGUUGACAGUGUCAGGAGGCGGUUCCCGUCUGACAACAGGUGGGCCAGCGUCCCCUGAGAAGCGUCGCUCCUCGAACUCCGUCAACGAUCUGCUGGACGACGAAGACAAGCUGCUGGACGUGGUGGGUCCGGACACACCCCAUCCGGCGCACCAUCAACGCGAGCGCGAGCAUUCUCGCGAGAGGGAAGACAGGACCAGCGAGAGAGGCGAGGGCAGCGAGUCGUCAGGCUCGGAGAGCGGAGGUGGUCCUGGUCCCACGGGAUCGGAGGGACCGAGGCCCGACGUGUCAGUGGGUCCACCGCUUCAUCCUCCUCUUUUACCUUACCUCUAUCCUCCGGUACCAGGUCUCUAUCCCGGUCCAGGUCCCCUAAUACCACCCAGUCCUCUGGGAAUCCACGGUGGAGUGACACCGGGCAUGCUGUUCAACGCGCAACUCGCCCUAGCCGCGUCCCAGCACCCUGCCCUAUUCGCCCAUUACCCCCAUCCGUUGGCCAGUCCGUUGCAUCAACUGAAGGGACAUCGAUUCGCGCCGUACACGCUUCCAGCACCCUCUCACGGUUCCGCUUUCGAGACUGUCACCCCCGGUAGUAGGACGCUCAGUCCUAGGUCCCCGCCACCAAGGCCACCCACCGGUUCUCCGACGCCUACGGCCGGCCUAACGUCCAGCAGCAGCUCGGCUGGUGAACUGAAGUCGAUCGAGAACAUGGUGAACGGAUUGCAAGAGAAGAGGAGGCGCAGUCCCAGUUUGACGCCCGGUCACAGGGCCGACGGGGACGCUGGCGGAGGGAGUCCGUGACAGGAGAACGAACCUGUAACUAGCACCAACGACGACCCUGAAGAUAAGCAGCUGGCUGAACCCUGUGACCUUGAACAGCUGUCCGGCGACGAGAGGGAGCCGGACUCAACCUCCGAGCCGUCGUAGCAGGGGAGAGGGUCGUCGGUCCAACCCUCUGGCACCCAAUGCGCCCCGUUCUGGGACGCUUCGCGGCGCUACGGGCUCCUCCGCGUCCCUCCGGGGAACAGGCGAUCACGAGACAAACUCGAGACUAUGAAGUGCAAUUUUACCCUGAGGAUCCGAGUCUCGUUAUCCGUUGGUUUCUGGUUCGCCACGCUACGCCUGGCUCCCUGUGAGUGUACAUAAAAUGCCCGAAGGUGGAUCGCGCUGGACUGCGAGAGUUGCUGGUGUACAUUAUUAUCCGGGGCACGGAAGGGUGGGGACGCGGGUGGCUGAAAUAGGCUGAUGGUGGACAUGGAAAUCGUGUUUGGAACACGGAAGAAACGCUUCGAGCUGCUUGGAGUGUCGUUCGACGUCGAGACAAGUUUCCGAAGCUCGUGUUGGCUUCACGCAAAAAUCUUCGUGCAAUUAUAUAGGUCUUCGCAUGGGUCUUGACAAUUUCGAAAUUGAAACUUUCCAUGACUUUCAGAUCUCGUCGAAUCCUAAUCUUUCCACGCUCGAAGGGUGUCGAAUCGUUUCGAAUGGUAGCGAACGGAAGGAAAUAGCACGACUGCGUACCCGCCCGCGUGCGUUUUAGAUGUAAGAGAGAGGGAGACAUUGCAAUACAAAAGCACUUCCUACUAUUUGCAGCCCCUGUACAUAUGUACCCUAGUGAUAUUAUAUUAUAUUAUAUUAUAUAUAUAUUAUAUAUAUAUAAAUACUUACUCUCUGUAUUAAUUAUUGAAUAUAAUAUUAUAUUAAUUAUUAGAGAGACGUAAAAAGGACGCAUAAACGCACGCUGCCCGAUCACGCCUCGACGCCCUCGAAAAUACCGAUAAAGAAGGUAAAAAAAAAAAAAAUAAAAGGAAAGACGAUCGAGAAGGUGCAAUCAACGAAAUAUUCCAAAUCCGAUUCGGUCCCACGAUCCGCUUUUCGGUUCGAGCUCGCGUCAAACGUAUUUUCUAGGUGACAAACGUCGAAAACCAAGCGUUUGCGGAGUUAGGGUCGCGUAGUGGGCGCCACCGUCGCGUCGCUAGCGUCGCGUCGUUUCUCGAGCCUCUCGGACCGAAUCGGAACUAUUUAUCUCGAUAAAUCUCUCUCGGGAACGUUGAUCCACUAUUUCUCCACAUUGUUGCUUCGAAGAAAGGACACCGCUCGCCCUUCUCCCGCGUUCCUUCGUCUCCUGUUUGUAUAAACGUUAGCGAUCGAUGUAGAUAUAUUACGGAUAAACGCUGUAAAACGUCGAACUGUCGGCAGAAAAACGUAGAAGCGAACUGAUUGCAGCCUCUGUCGUUUCCAUAAGCGAGGGGGGAUGCUCACCCCUAACCUGCGUUCCCGGUUCCAUCGUCAAUCUCACGUGUUCCCGUAACGAACUCUUUCAACGAUGAAAAUUUCGCAUCCUGAUGGAGAAAACAAGUAUCGUACUGGACGGAAUAAUUGAUCUAAUCGGUGGAUAAAAAAAGGGUGGUACUGUUCGCGGAUGUCUUGCUGGGGGUUGGAGUGCAAUUGCUGACUGCGAGGAAGCUUCGGUUCUUAUUACCUUCUUUUAUUUUUUUCUCUCUUUUUAUAGUAGAAUUGCAGCUAAGUACUGUGAAAAUUUGUGAUCAUCGCCUUGUAUGAAAUGCGAACUUGUAAGUAUUUCCGUUCAGAUUUUUCUUUUAACCAUGUACAAACCGUAGUUAACUCGUCACUUUUUAUUGUGUAAAAAUGUGAAUACCUAUAUCUGUUCCUACGUGAUUUUAAUUAGUUAACGUCACUUUGCCAGUUGCAAACUGUCAUCAAGAUUUUUAAAAUAUUUUUUUUCCUAUUUAAAAUUUUAAAUAAAUGCGACCUCUGUUAAAAGUUUCCCACCAUUCUAUUUCUUUUCUUACGUUCCUUUUACUUGUUCCAGGUCAUGCAAAUUGUAUUCCAAAGCUUUGGUACCAUCCUUCCCUCGAUACACAUCACCCAGCCUAUUGCAAUAAAUCCAAAAAAUUCAUAACUCGUCCAGGACGGUGAAGUCAGAUUCAAAGGCUCAAGUUCAAAGUUGUGUUUCUCAACCAAUCCGCUGCUUCCAAUCUCUCUAACUGUCUCAUCGCUCUACGACAAAUAUGAAACUUAAAAUAAAAAAAAGGUAAUUUUAAAUAUCAUUAAAGCAG